AUGCAACAGCUUCAUUUCAUAUUUUUCCAUUUUUUGCUAUUAAUCAGAGCCUCCCGUGCAGUUGAUGUGUUCUGCGGUCAACUCGAAAUUUUCAAUGAGCAAAGAUUCGGACAGGGAGCGAUUACUGUAUCUUCACAGACGACAACUGACAUGAAACAAUGCUUAGAUGUCUGUUGUUCCAUUCCGAAUUGCGAUGGCGUAACUUUCGAGGGAAUCACAUCAGAUUUCGAUGACGCCAACUGUCUUCUCGUUUCCUGUGAGCCAACAUGUCAAUUCAAUGGACCCUCAACUCUAAAUUCUUCUGGAGUUUUAUCCGUUCUCAUCCAUCGUAUCAGAAACGAAACAACAACAAUUCCAACAGCAACAACCAACAAAUCAUACAUCCCUGAGUUUCGAGCAGUUCUCUCUCCAUUUUGGUUUCUUGCCAUCGCAAUUGGAGUCGCUGCAAUUUGUUUCGGACUCAAUGUGACAUUAUGUGUCGUUUAUUGUUUCUAUUGUCGACGAAAAAAACGAAGUCAAAAGGCACACAUAUCCACUGUUAAAGGUGGACCUACACUACACGCCUAUAAUCCACAAAUCUGA